AUGUCACGAAAGUGGAUCGCCUUUUUGGUUAUCGCGGUGAUCCUUCACAGUGUGUGUGCUCACCCUGAAACAAACGACGAAAAAUGGGAAGCCUACAGAAGGGAUUACCUGAUUGAUGCACGAAACAUUUGUCGUGAUGCUUGUGCGGAAGAUAGAUGCAAAAAAGUAUGUUUAGUUGGUAAAAUGAGGGAUUGCGGCUUCCUCCAUUGUGAAGCAUAG